CUGGCAAGCAUGCGUGAGGAGGAGGAGGAGGAGGAGGAGGAGGAGGAGGAGGAGGAGGAGGAGGAGGAGGAGGAGGAGGAGGAGAAGAGUAGGAGGAGGAGGAGGAGGAGGAGGAGGAAGAGGAGGAGGAGAAGAGUAGGAGGAGGAGGAGGAGGAGGAGGAGGAGGAGGAGGAGGAGGAGGAGGAGGAGGAGGAGGAGGAGGAGGAGGAGAGGAGGAGGAGGAGGAGGAGGAGGAGGAGGAGGAGGAGGAGGAGGAGGAGGAGGAGGAGGAGGAGGAGGUGGAGGAGGAGAGGAGGAGGAGGAGGAGGAGGAGGAGGAGGAGGAGGAGGAGGAGGAGGAGGAGGAGGAGGAGGAGGAGGAGGAGGCGGAGCAGGAGGAGGGGGAGGAGGAGGAGGAGGAGGAGGAGGAGGAGGAGGAGGAGGAUGAGGAGGAGGAGGAGGAGGAUGAGGAGAGGAGGAGGAGGAGGAGGAGGAGGAGGAGGAGGAGGAGGAGGAGGAGGAGGAGGAGGAGGAGGAGAAGGAGAGGAGGAGGAGGAGGAGGAGGAGGAGGAGGAGGAGGAGGAGGAGGAGGAGGAGGAGGAGGAGGAGGAGGAGGAGGAGGAGGAAGGAGGAGAGGAGGAGGAGGAGGAGGAGGAGGAGGAGGAGGAGGAGGAGGAGGAGGAGGAGGAGGAGGAGGAGGAGGAGGAGGAGGAGGAGGAGGAGGAGGGGAGGAGGAGGAGGAGGAGGAGGAGGAGGAGGAGGAUGAGGAGGAGGAGGGGGGGGGGGGGGAUGAGGAGGAGGAGGAGGAGGAGGAGGAGGAGGAGGAGGAGGAGGAGGAGGAGGAGGAGGAGGAGGAGGAGAAGGAGUAAUAGGAGGAGGAGGAGGAGGAGGAGGAGGAGGAGGAGGAGGAGGAGGAGGAGGAGGAGGAGGAGGAGGAGGCGGAGGAGGAGGAGGGGGAGGAGGAGGAGGAGGAGGAGGAGGAGGAGGAGGAGGAGGAGGAGGAGGAGGAGGAGGAGGAGGAGGAGGAGGAGGAGGAGGAGGAGGAGAAGGAGGAGGAGGAGGAGGAGGAGGAGGAGGAGGAGGAGGAGGAGGAGGAGGAGGAGGAGGAGGAGGAGGAGGAGGAGGAGGAGGAGGAAGAGGAGGAGGAUGAGGAGGAGGAGGAGGAGGAGGAGGAGGAGGAGGAGGAGGAGGAGGAGGAGGAGGAGGAGGAGGAGGAGGAGGAGGAGGAGGAGGGGGAGAGGGAAAGUGCAGGUGCAGCAGCUCUAGAAGACAACCCCUUCCUCUCGGAUGACAAGGCUGAGGAUCGCUUGCCAGCUCUCCAGCGCCAGCCACCGCCAGCGCCAGCCCGCGAGCGCUAGCCAACUAGCUCGCGCCACCCAGUGCCAGCCCACGCCAGCAAGCGCCGGAGCCAGCCAGCCAGCGCCAGCCAGCACCAGCCAGCUAGCUAAUGCCUGCCAGUGCCAGCGAGAGCCAACCAGCCAGCGUCAACCAGCCAGAGCCAGCCAGCCAGCAACAGCCAGCCAGUGCCAGCCAUCCAGCGCGAGCCAGCCAGCGCUAGCCACCGCUAGUGCCAGCGCCAGCUACCGCCGCCAGCACCAACAGCCUGCUACCAGCCACCAGCGCUAGCUGCGCUAGUCUCCAGCCGCCAGAGCCAGCCGCCAGCGUCAGCAGCCAGCACCCACCGUCGCCCACCAGCCGUUGCUGCCAGUCGCCGCUGCCCACCAGCCGCUACUGCCCGCCGCUGCUGCCAAACGCCGCUGCCCGCCGCUGCCCUCCAACUGCAUGCUCGCUGCCAGCUAGCCGCUGCCAGGUGGCUCGGUGCAAGCUAGCCACCAGCAGCGCCUGCCCGUUAGCCACCAGCAGCACCAGCUAACUCGCCAUAAGCAGCGCCUGCCAGCUCGUCGCCGGCAGCACUUGCUAGCUAGCCGCCAGCAGCGCCUACCAGCUAGCCGCCAGCAGCGCCUGCCAGCACGCCACCAGCAGCGCCCGCCAGCUCGCCAACAAGCCCACUCGUCAACUCGCCAGCCUCUUCGCUUGCUCACUCACUCGUCAGCUCGCCACCGCGCGCCACCUCACUUCCCCCAGCUGCCAGCUCACCAGCAAGUCAGCUUGCCAGCUCACUGCUAGUUUGCCAACUCCCUGCCAGUUUGCCAGCUUGCCACCACUUCCUACCUACUAGUCGCCACUGCCACAGUUGCUAUUGCUGCUACCUCCGUAAGUGCUUCUGCAGCCCCUCGUGCCUCCCGCUAGUCUCCUGCUCGUUUCCAGAGUUCCUCGACGCCGCUCCUCUCGGCAUGGCGACCUCGGUGCGGUCAGUCCCUCAGCCGAACCGCUGGACAGUUCCCUUCGCUGUGCGGCUUCUCGGUCACCACCUACAGCAUGUAGACUGCAUACUCGAGAAGGACCACAUCAUUUCGCUCCUUUGCUUCUAGCUCCACGAACUAGAGGAACCUAGUUGGUGUCGGUCACCUCCAGGACCGAGGAGUCACCACCGCAUUUCCUGGCUAUGGGAGACACGCAAACUGUAUGGACACAGCCACGGGUAGACGUCUAGCCCCUUUUUAGUGUGACCCAACAUCUGGUCUCUUCACCCUGCACACUGAGUUCCCGCCAGUUACUGGGUUUGCUGAGGUAGCCGCGUCGUGCUCCUCUCGCUCCCUCGCCCACCCAACCCUUCUGUGGCACCACCGCUUAGGUCACCCUGCACUCCCGUGUCUUAGGAACAUGCCUCAGCAUGGUCUCCCUGCAUCGUUCCCAGCCCUGCUUGCGUUGGUAGCGCCACUCUACACCUCCGGCCUCGAGGGCCGGCAGCGAGGCGCCCCUCACUCCUCGUUUCCUCCUACCACAGCGCCGCUACAGGCACUGCACAUAGAUGUCUUGGGCCCUGCCCCGAUCCAUGGUCUUAGUCGGGGAGCGCUACCUCCUAGUCGUCGUUGACGACUUCUCGCACUACAUUACGGUUUUCCCGCUAGAGUGGAAGGCCAAUGUGCCUACUGUUCUCCUCUCAUGGCUGCUCGUCACUGUGUAUAGCUUGGUCUUGUUCCUGUAGACUCUCAUUUGCUAGGGCCUUGAUUGUGUACAUACCUUUAUACAUAUAUUUAUUUUUAUAUAAAUAUUUCCCUGACUG